CUGUGCAAAGCGUCCAAGUUCCCAUGGCAACGUUUCCAAACUUCUUUCCUUCUGAAUCUGAAUUUUUGCCUACGUUACAUAGGCUAGCUACUGUAUUUCUUGCUCACAAUCUGAUUUAUAAAUCACAUGGAAUUCACAGGUAGUAGUUACACAGGAGAAUUUAAGAAUGGCAGGAUGGAGGGAAAAGGAGAGUACGUGUUCCCCACUGAAACCAAAUAUGUUGGAGAGAUGAGAGAUGGGAUGUUCCAUGGAAAAGGUGUUCUUUAUUUUCAUAAUGGCAGCAAAUACGAAGGGACCUGGGAGAAAGGGAUAUCCAAACAGGGCAAGUAUACUUUCUCAGAUGGUCUGGAGUACCAGGAGAAAGACUGGGAGUUCUGUGACGGUUAUGACAGGCAGUUCUACACUGAGAGGUGCAAUGGCCUCAAACCUGCAGGUGAGUCUCAGCUAACUGACCUGGACCCUCCGCGGGUCGUCCCAGAGGGCUGCUAUGACUGUGGUGACGGGUUCUACCACCCGGACACCAGGGUCAUCAUCGACUACCACGGGAACUUUCUGAGAAACACAGAUGACGACGAGCACGAGUGGAUUGUGCGCACCUGUCGGAAGAGCUGGGACGAGAUUGUUGGACAUUUAGGCCCACCGGAUAACUAAUCGCUAACUGUGACCCUGGGAGCCGAACGGCAGAAUGGAGCGAAACGUUGCAAACCUUAAAUGAAACAUAAUUUCUUUUCACUGACGGCUCUUGUUCAAGUUCAGAAGUCCAGGACCAAGUUUAUGAUUGAAAUAGCACAGCAUACACUUAGCUUAUCAGUAGACUAAUUAUUAUAAAAUAAGUAACGUUAUUUGAGUGAAAUUAGUCAUUUAAAUCAGCU